GCAGAAUCAGCAGAAAGGUGCAGCUUCAGGAGGAGCUCUCAUGGCGUCAUAAGUCUCUGGAAGGUCCAAAUUAAGAUUAGAAGAUGGACGGCGAGAUGGACGAGGACGCGCUGACGGAGAUCCUUGCGAGGCUGCCGUGCAGGUCGCUGGCGCGGUUCCAGUGCGUCUCCACGUCGUGGCGCCGCAUCAUCUCGAGCGACUACCUCCGCCGCCGGCUGCCGCUCAUCACGUCGGGGGUGCUCUACCACGACGACACGUGCCGCGGCGGCGCGGACGGCGGCAGGAGGCAGCAGGUGUACACGUACGCGUGCGCGUCAGGCGGCGGCGCCACCGCCACCGCCACCGCCACGGCGGAGGCCCCCGACAUGGGCUUCUUCCCGCGCCACGACACGUCCACCAUCAUCGACGGCUGCAACGGGCUGCUGCUCUACUACGCGUCCCGCCCGACGGCGGCGUUCCACGUCGUGAACCCGACCACGCGGCGGUGGGCGGAGCUGCCGGCGCCGCGCGCGAGGACGCUGCUCUCCGUGCUGGCGUUCGACCCCUGCGCGUCCCCGCGCUACCGGGUGGUGUGCUUCACCGGGUGGCUCCCCCGGGGCGCGACCCUCGAGGUGUUCGACUCGGAGCGCGGCGCGUGGACCGACCACGAGGUCGACUUCGGCCUCGACACCGACGCCAUGUCCGCCACCAUGCACUACUCCGGCGGCGCGCUCCACGUGCUGGCCUACUCGGGCCACGUCGUCCGCGUCGACCUGGACACCAUGGCGUCCGCGGCCACCGAGCUCCCGGCCCCCGUCAGCUGCCGGGCGCGCGCCGGGCACUGCCGCGGCCGCCUGCGCUUCGCGUCCAGCGACGGAGCGCGCCUCAGGAUCUGGGAGCUCAGGGACGCCACCGGAGGCGAGUGGGCGCUCAAGCACGAGAUCGGGGUCGCCGACGUCGUCCCCGGCGCCGCGUCCCAGCCCAUCACGUUCCUGUUCAUGGCGUUCCACCCCGAGCGGGAGGUGGUGUACCUGUGGUCGCCGUGGAAGCUGCUGGCGUUCGACAUGGUCCAGAGGCGCGUCGAGGAGGAGUGGGCGUUCGGUUCGGAGAAAGAAGGCACGCAUCUCAUACAGGUCUGGUUGUUUCCGUUCUCGCGCCAUUUGGCCAGCGCGCUGGCCUGAUUCGGCUUUGCCGACGAGCCGGAAAUAGCAUUGGGGCCCAAGUGUUUCGUUGCCUACCCAGUACCAACAAGUCCACAACCACAAUGCUCGGGUUACUAAAAGGUCGAUAAAAUACCAAAAAAAAACAGUCAAAGACAGUGUUCGUCGAAAUAAACUAAAGAAAAACAAUUAGUAGUAAAACUGAAAAUACCUUUAAUACUACAUGGCACCUUGAACGGCAUGUUGUUGUCCUUUAUAGAUCACGAUUACUGUGGUAUUGGGGCUAUUCAAUUAUUCUUCCACGAAGGUGUGUAAGCGUAGUGUGUCUCUUCGAUGUUCUAGUAAUGUUUAAGAAUAUGUGGUUCAAGUGG